UCCACCCCCCCUAGCGCGGUCCUGAAGCCGCCAAGUCCCCGAGAGAGGCCCGGAUACUCGGAGUCCCCCACCAAUCCCGGAUCUCGGGGCUCCCUGGGGCCCGGGCCGAUUCCGGGGAGCCCUGCGAUUGCCCCCCUCAGAGUACCAUUGGGGGAAAGGAUCUGAAUCCGCCACCACCUCCGAGCAGGCCUCCAGGACCCCGGCGGCCGGGACGAUGGGCGCCGGGCCCUCGCUGCGGCGGCAGCAGCGGCCGUCCAUGGAGCCGCCGGUGGCCCUGGACUCGCUGCCCCCAGAGCUGCUGGUGCAGGUGCUGAGCCACGUGCCGCCUCGCGCCCUGGUGACCCGCUGCCGCCUGGUGUGCCGAGCCUGGCGCGAUGUGGUGGACGGCCCCUCCGUGUGGCUGCUGCAGCUUGCUCGAGACCGCAGCGCCGAGGGCCGCGCGUUCUACGCCCUGGCCCAGCGCUGCCCGUCCCACGGCGAGGACCUGGAGGAGUUCCCGCUCGGCGCCCUGGCGCGCUUCUGCCUGCGCGCGCCGCUGGGCCGCAACCUCAUCUUCAAUUCCUGCGGCGAGGAGGGCUUCAGAGGCUGGGAGGUGGAGCACGGUGGGAAUGGCUGGGCCGUGGAAAAGAACCUGACACUCGUACCAGGGGCUCCUUCUCAGACCUGCUUUGUGACUUCCUUCGAAUGGUGUUUCAAGAGGCAGCUUGUAGACCUAGUGAUGGAAGGGGUAUGGCAGGAGCUGCUGGAUAGCGCCCAAAUCGAAAUCUGCGUGGCUGACUGGUGGGGUGCCCGAGAGAACUGCGGCUGCAUCUACCGACUUCGCGUCCGCCUCCUGGACAUGUAUGAAAACGAAGUGGUCAAGUUCUCGGCCUCACCCAACCCCGUCCUCCAGUGGACUGAGAGGAGCUGCAGACAGGUCUCUCACGUCUUUACCAACUUUGGCAAGGGCAUCCGCUACGUGUCUUUCGAGCAGUACGGCAGAGACACACGCUCCUGGGUGGGGCAUUAUGGAACCCUAGUGACCCAUUCCAGUGUCAGGGUCAGGAUCCGUUUGUCUUAGCCUUUUGGGACCCACUGUCCCACCCUGAUGGGCCAUCUUCAGAAUCAAGCAUGGCUUUACAGCCCAGAACAUGACAUUCUACAGGGAAAAUGGGGUACGCCCAGAACAUGACAUUCUACAGGGAAAAUGGGGGUCCCAUGUACCCCAUUUGCUGCUGCUUCAGCAUGGUGACCUUCGUGUUGUGUGACAAACAAGGACCAACCAGCAAUGGGUAGCUUCCUCCUCUUCCCAGAGGAAGGAAAGUCAUAUGACUGGGACAUUUCUUUGAUUCCUGGGCCUGGAAGUUGUUUCCUAGGGGUCAGUGGGGGUAAGUUGAGGCAAGAAAUCAAGGCUAGCUGGGCCUGGUGAUGCAUGCCUGGAGGCCCAGCACUUGAGGCUAGGUAGGAGGAUCUGGGAGCUUUGAGGCCAAGUUGGAUUACAUAGUGCAAAGUCUUUGGGAUUUAGCUGUGGGGUCUAGUACCUGGCCACCUCUGGGCAAUGUCUGCAUUCACUGCCCCAGUACCUCCUCCUUGGCCAGAUUGGUACUGUGUCUCAGAGACCAGAUUCUCCCUCACCUCCUGCCAGGAAAUAAUACCAUCUCUUUUUUGCCCUGUAUCCCAUCCUCCCAGAGCAAGGUGUGCUGUUAGGGGAAGCUCCCCUCCCCUCCUUUCUGCCCAGCUGGGCAUGGCCAAGCAACUAGCUUAAUAAAAUUGGUGCUAAAUAUGAA